AUGAACAGUGGGGUAGAAAGCAAUAAUAGUCGUAGUGACGCUAUGGAGAAUGGGAACAAGUACUCGUUAGGAGAACGAAUAAUUUUGAAUGUUGGAGGUAUCAAGCAGUAUGAAACAUAUCGUUCCACUUUGACCGCAUAUCCAGACACGUUACUCGGUACAAUGUUCUCGGAAAGAAAUAAACAAUUGGUGAAUCCGACGCAGAUAAGUCCCGCCGGGAAUAAAGAAUAUUUUAUUGAUCGCGAUGGUCAUGUUUUUCGUUAUAUUCUGCAAUUCUAUCGGACGGGCAAAAUUCCUUGGCCUGAUCAGAAAAAUUUUGAUGGUGGUGGCGUCAAUAAUAUCAGAGGAGGAGGUGUCGGGGAUUUACUAUCUCCUAAUAAUAUAGGCAGUGGUUUUAAUACAGGAAAUGAUAAUAGUAGCGUAAGAUCAUUGAGUACUACAAUUGGAGUUGUUGCUGGAGAUACAAUUUCUACUGAUAUGACUUCAACAUCAUCAACUACAGUAACAAUUGGAGAAUGGUUACCAACAACAAACACGUUAAUAACACGUCAGGAGAUCGAGAAUGAAAUGGAUUAUUUUCAAAUCCCCGCGCCAAUCCACGAACCAAUAAUAAUCCCAUAUCCAACAUUAGCCGCCGCAAAACAAUUGGACGCAUUCAUACAUUCUCUAAAAACAUGCUUCACAAGUAUAGCCCAAAACUUCAUCGAUGAUAUCAGCAUCAUGUUCUACGAGAAUAGACGACUUCCCCAGGCAAGCCUUAAAGAGGUCGAUAAUGAAAAUGUGAAAAUGUUGAUCAUCGAAUUGGUGGACAAAUUAUUUCGCGAUUUUGCACUGGUUGGAUUUGAGAUUCUGGAUCGUUUCGGACAGGAUAUUGGCACGUAUUUGAUGGAGACGUUGCCGGGGUUGGCGUGGAAAUUGACGAGAGGGUAUUACGAUAGACGGUAUUUCGUGAAUUUGAGUACUACUGUUUUUGAUCAUCAGGGAAUUUUGGAGAAUUCCUGUUUGGCUAAACAAAACAAUGUGUAA